GUGUGUGUGUAUGCAUGUUUGUGUGCGGUCGAGGUGUGUUGCUGUCGUAGCAGGAAGACGACGAAAGAAAAGAACCCGAAGUUAGUGAAGGAAAUGGAGAAACAUAAUACGCUGGAUGUCGCGUCGUCUGCGGCGGCGGCCCGGGCCACCAACACCACCGUCACGGGGGGUGGUGCGAGCAGCAAGCUAAAGAGAGCAUUUUCAAUGCCGCGCAAUCCAUUUCAAGGUUCGCGAGGAAGUAACCAGCCGCCUGCUAAAGCGGUUGGCAAUGGCAACGGUACAGCAGGCGCUGCAGGCGAGAAAGAUGACGAAUCGCGCUGUGAUUUGAGGUUAACCAACAGCAGCAAUCAGAAGAAAUCGACCACAGCGAUCACGGUCGGUAGUGGUUCGGAGGGUGUUGGUCCAGCCACCAAUGGAGCUAGUAGCGGUGGCAACGAAAAGAAGAUCUUCCGCCGAUUAUCGGUGAAAAAGUUUAUCAAUCGCAUUGCACAACAGAUGACUUAUGUCAAUCGCACGGUGGGCAAUCAUAAAUUCGACAAGGUACAAUCGUCACAGCCAUCCACCCUCAAUGGAUCGGCACGAACCGGCAUUGGCAAUUGUACAGCAGGCGGUGGGAACGUGGCAGGAGGAAAAUUUGUGUGGCCACCCGAUACAGUGCCGGGCGUGAUAGGGUUACGGAACCAUGGCAAUACUUGCUUCAUGAACGCCGUGCUGCAGUGUCUCAGCCACACGGACAUACUGGCUCAGUAUUUCGUUUUGGAUCUUUACAAGGCCGAUCUGAAACGACGCAACAAAAUUAAUGCCAAAAAGUUCGGCACUAAGGGCGAACUGACGGAGCAGCUGGCCCUGGUGCUAAAGUCGCUAUGGACGUGCAAAGACGCACCGGACUAUAGUUCCAAUUUUAAGGCUGUGGUCGAUCGAUACGGAAGUCAAUUCAGAAGUUCCACCCAGCACGAUGCUCAGGAGUUCCUGUUCUGGUUGCUGGACAAGGUGCACGAAGAUUUGAACACGGCAACGAAACGGAAGUACAAAGCGAUUAAGAAUAAUGGUCGCUCGGAUGAGGUGAUCGCGGCCGAAACGCUGGCAAAUUACGUGCGCUGCAACAACUCGUUCGUACAGGCCGUUUUCCAAGCCCAAUUUCGCUCCUCGCUUUCCUGCCCGACCUGUGGCAAGCAGAGCAAUACGUUCGAUCCGUUCUACUGUCUAUCGGUGCCACUGCCCCAACUGUCCCAGCAACCGGUGCUGGUGAAGGUGAUCUAUUCCUCCCAGCAACCGAAACAGGUUAAACUGGGCUUAGGCAUUCCGCACGGUUCACCCGUACUGGCGUUGCGUGAACAACUUCAUGCCGACACCGGCAUUGCCCUCGACCGGAUGAUACUGACCGAAAUCUGCGAAUCGGGUUUCAGUCGUGUGUUUUGCGAUUCACACCUUAUGUCAUCCGUGCGUGAAAAUGAUCCACUGUACUGUAUCGAAUGUCCAACCCCGGAGGAUGCAUCCAGCGGGACGAAGAUAGUGCUCUGUCUGUGCAACGGGAAGCGCGACUUUGGUGGACAGGUGAAACGGUUCGGUACGCCGUUCUGUUUGGUUGUCAAUCGGGAUGUUUCUUACAGUGAGCUGCAGAAGCUGCUACUGAAGGAAAUGUCGGCCAUUUUGCGCUCGGAAGUGUUUGCAUUUGCGACACCGGCUCAGAAUUUGUUUCGCAUGCGCCUGCAAGAUCCAUCGUGCGAUGCAGACACGUACCUUGAGGCAACGGUAGAGCAUCCACUAUUUACGGAAAUGAUCGAUCUCGCACUUUCGGUCCUACCGACGGAUGCAGGGCCAGCACACGUGAAGCUUCUGCUCGAAUGGACCGAACCGGAACGAUUUUUCAACGAUAUGGGCGAUCCUUUUGUGGAGCAUGAAAGCGUUAGCCAGAUGAGAGAAAAAAUUCCCGCCAGUUCGGCACUAACGCUUGAACAGUGCUUCGAACAUUACACCAAGGCAGAAACGCUUGGACAGGAUAACGCGUGGAAGUGUCCUCACUGUCAGGAGUAUCUGCCGGUGGUAAAAACACUUGGCCUAUGGUCAUUGCCGGACAUAAUGGUGAUACACCUGAAGCGAUUCCGGCAGCAGCAACUUCGCGCCAGCACACAGGCAGCCAAGCUGACUAAUCUGGUCAAGUUUCCGCUGCAUGGUUUCGAUAUGACUCCUCAUCUGGCGCGUGAUCCCACCGCUCACCAGCCCAACCCGUCCCAAACUUCCGCCCACCAAAGCCACACGCUAGAUCGGCAGCAAGUUGGUGGAUACGCGGAUACGGACAGUUGGAGCCCGUGGCGUAAAAUCAUGCGCAGCGCUCAUUCGACGCAAACACAUUCCAUGCUAGUGGGGGGAGGAGGAGGAGGAACAGGAACGGGUCGCCGUCAGCUAGCGAUGGAUAACCGGUACGAUCUGUACGCCGUGUGCUAUCAUCAAGGGGACACACUCGAAACGGGCCAUUACACUGCCGCCUGCAAAAAUCCGUACGAUGGUCAGUGGUAUCGGUUUGACGAUCAGCGUGUCUCGCAGGUGCCGAGCGAUCGUAUCGACGAUGAAAUUAUCAACAACGAGGCUUACCUGUUGUUCUACCAAAGACGAAAGCUCCCGGCGGAUGGAUCAGGCGAAUGUUCUGGCAGCUCAAGCUCUAGUUCAGGCGAUCAUUGGGUGUCGAAAAUUAUCGUACCACCAGCAGCGAACGCCACAUCGACGGCAACUUUGGAACGUAACAAAGCGCAAUCGACGACAACGACGACCACUGCUGCUGCCCCUGCUGCAGCAUCAACGAUCGUCAAAUCAAAAGCGACUCCAAUGGUAGAGACCACCACUAUACCAGGCGCAUCGUCCGGAAGCGCAUCAGAAACCGUUUUACCGGUCAGUAUUUCACCCGACACCGAAUGUCUUAAAUCGCCCGAAGAUGGAAACACAACUAAAGGGAAGGAUAGUUUGGCGGAUGUUAUGUCGGUAUCGUGGUCAAACGAGAAAAAGGACCGAGGCGAGGAAGGUGUGGUUCACCAGCAUGAGGAAGUUAAGAGUUUACCUGGCAAGCGGACGCCUAAGGAUGAAACGAUGGCUCAAGAAGGAGAACCGAUCGCGGCUAAAAGUGAUCUACAAUCCGCAUCCUCACAUCCUUCUUCAUCACCUUCUCUAUCUUUAUUAUCAUCUACAUCGUCGACAGCUGUUGUGCCAACGGAAAGCAAACAAGAAACUAUCGCCCACGAAGCCAAAGAAUCAAAGAUAUGUACGGAAGAAGCGAUCCAACAAUCGUCGGAAGCACUACCAAACGCUAACAAUACUAAUAAAUCCCCGGACAACCCGGACAAGGAACCGGGUAAGGAGCAGUGUUCGAAAACAGAUAUUUCCGGUCCAGUGUCGUUGCCCCUACGGGCAGAUAAACACGACCGGGUCGAUCAAAAGCUGGGCUUGGCGACCUCAUCGUCAACCACAAACGGUGGAGGUCGCUUCUCGCUACCUUCUUCCCAACAGUUUCAAGACAUUCUGUGGCGUGAGAACAUGUCCGAGCUGAUGCACCAUCGGCCAUCGUCCUUUACCACGUACAAGAGCGUGCUUGAGGCGGGUGAUGCCGUUUCGCUGAUCCGUGGUGCGAACACAUGCAGCAAGGACACGCUACUAUUUAUUGAUCAGCAGAACCAUGGGCUCGAUCGGGUGGUGCUGGACGAUGACGAUGAUCCGAACGAUCUGCUCCCGCCGGGCAGUGGAAGUCGUGCGCUGUGGAUUUCCCCGGUUACGCCACAUAAGCUGAUAACCGUCUCACCGAAGAAUUAAUACCGUGUUUUAGUAAGACCCCAACCCCUCCCUCGUUCGUUGGGGCGAGUAAAAGUGAAAGUAUUUCC